AUGCCUGUGACGAAGAAGAAAGGCGCCAUCUUCCCGAUCUACGCCGACACGCCUCCGCGCGCCGGGCCAGCACCGAGAGAGGAACCAGCUCCGCCACGCGAUGGACGUCGCGCGCUGGCCAACAUCGAGCCUGCGCCAGUUCGACGCAAGACUAGCGCCAGUCCCAGCAGCAAGCGACGCGCUCUUACCCCUCGUUCGCCGACACGCUCUACGCGGACCAAGAUGGACGUUUUCGUCGACCCAGAUGCCCAGAUGGACAGACCUAAGCGGAGUGCACUUGCGUCCAAGCCGCUCAUGUCCAAGCCGCUCUCAAAGUCGUCCUCUGGCAAACCUCUGGCGUCAAAGCCUCUUGCAUCCAAGUCCCUCUCCCAGUCCCAGUCCCAGUCCCAGUCACUCAAUCCCCACGCCUCCUCAUCAUCCUUAUCCAAGCCUCCCGUAAAGCGGCGCACUCGCACCCCAAUGGACAAGGAGAACGCCGUGCUUCCCGAUAGCCCCGCCAGCAGGACACGGAGCAAGCUCCGCCUCCCAGAUGAGCCAAAGAGCAAGCCCAAAACUGCGCGCGCGUUCACGGUGUUUACCGAUCCCCUGGCGGACGUCAGCGAGGCGUACGGCGCUACUGGAGAAGAGCCCGAGGGGUUCCGUGAGCAGGGAACAUCGAGAAAGGCGAUCCGUUCAUAG